GCGAGCGUCGCCGCGCAGCAGAUGUCAGACGUGAAGUCUGCGGCCUACCAAAUUCAGCGGCUCGGGUACAAGGUCGGCUCGAUCAUCAAGCCGCGGAAGGCCGGCCAGAACAGCAGCGCCUGCGCGCUGUGGAUUAUCAAGGAGAUCGGCGAGGCCAUCGCCACGAAAGCACCGACAGGAGUCCACGCAAAUGGCGAACCUCUCGCGCUCGCGCUUGGUAACCUGAAGGACCUGCGGGUGCCCGCGACGGCCAAGCCUCAGGAGGUGCUGACGUUUAGCAACAUGCUGCCGUCGCCGAACACCAGCUGGCGCAUCGAGCACGUGAAGUCUCAGAUUUGUUUGUGCCUCACUGCAGCGAGCGAGGAGUCCGAGACAAAGUUCGCGGGGCUCAAGAUCUACACGAAUCCGUUCGCCCUGCAAGCGCUGCAGGACUUCGACCCGAACGCUCUCGCGAUGUCGCCUGCUGUCGACCUAGGAGCCCUCAUGAGCAAGCCCCCGACGGCACCCCACUUGAUGCCGCAAUUCGUCACGGGGAAGCAGAGUGGCCAGAACUUCGUCAGCACAUUCUUCUGCGUGCCCACAGACAAAUCCCCGAAUAUGUCCAGGGUCAAGGCUUCGUGCGACAUUCAGCUCACGAUGCACCCUGGCGACACCCCUGAGCAUUUUGCUAUCCAGCUUCCAGUGUUGAAGAACACUGCUAAAGUGAAGGCAGGCACAUUUUUGUCCCAAGGGUGCGCGCAGAAGCGCACUCGCGUUGGCCCUGACGUCAACGAACAGUCACCCGCGAAGCGUGGGCGCUGA